AUGGGUUCGGCUCCAGGCUGCGCGUUAUCUCCGCUGCGUCUGCUGCAGUUCGUGCGGAGUCUCUACGAAACCCUGGGCCUGCGGCUCUGCCUCAUGCUGCUGAGUGUCUUCUUCGGACUUAAAGGACUAUUGGACUCCGUGACUCUGGAGAGUUUGCUGCCUCUUUUCCGGGAGUUGGGCUUUGACGGAGUGGCUUAUCAACGGACUUUGGCAAUAGCUUUGACUCCUUACGCCUUAAAAGGCUUUAUUGGCUCUGUCUCCGACUCCUGGCCGCUCGGGGGCUUCCACAAAAAGCACUACAUGCUGCUGGCGAACGUGGUGGGCCUUUGCUGCGCUGCUGCGCUGCUGCUGCUGCCGCAGCAGCUGCAGCGCAGCAGCAUCGUCUACGUGGGGCUGCUCUUCUGCGGGAUCCACCUCCACAUCGCCACAGCAGACCUGCUUUGCGAAGGAGUUUAUUGCAAGUUAGUGAGAUCUAAACCCCAAAUAGGAGCAAAACUUGUGGCUUUUUUGUCUUUUUGCAACUCCAUGGGCCACCUUGUUGGAAAAACUCUUGUGGGGCCUAUUAGUGACAAAUACGGGACUAAGCCUCUUCUCUGCAUGACAGUCCCGCUGGUGCUGCAGACUUUGCUGCCGAUUUCCCUCAACUUCCUCGGGGAGCCGCGGGCGGACCCCGCGGCGCCGCGCUGCUGCUGCUGCUGCAGCAGCAGCAGCAGCAGCUGCAGCGCAGCAGCAGCAGCAGCACCCAUCGCCGGAGUCCGCUCCCGCCGCGGAGUCUUUAUUGUUGCUGCUCUAACUUCCUUCUGCGCAUGCGUGGGGCUGGUCUUGACCCUCCAGCCCUGGAAAGGCUGGGCCCUGGUCUUCACCUGCUUCGUGCUGCUGCUGCUGGGGUCUGCUGCGCUGCUGCUGCUGCAGCAGCAACUCGCGCUCUGCGCCCUCUUCUUCUUCGCAGACAGAGUCCUCCACCUCACCAUCUCCGGAGCAGUUAACUUCUUUUACAUUGCCCCCCCUUCUUGUGUCCCUUCGGGUCCCCAGUUCGACUACACUUACUUCUGUACGUACACCGCGCUGGUGGGCGCCAUUGGCUGCUGGGUGGGGAUUUUCGCUUUCCAAAAAUGGCUCAAGUCCUGGAGUGCUCACAAGAUCUUUUGGUUGACUAAUUCUGUCCGAAUUGCUGCAGCUCUUUUUGACUAUGUGAUGGUGAGGAGACUGAACUUGCUGCUGGGGAUUCCUGACAAGCUCAUGUUCUUAUUGGGAGACUCAAUUGUCUAUCACUUGCUGCUGACUCUGGCUUGCAUGACAAGUUCUCUGACUAUUGCAAGAAGCUGUCCCGCGAGACUCGAAGCCACAGUCUACGCCAUUGUCUCUGGAGUCACAAGCCUGGGCAGCACCUGCAGCAAAAUGCUGGGGGCUGUGGCCAUAGAACUUGCGCAGAUUCGCAUGCAGGAGCAGCAGCCGGGGGGCUGCGACUUUGCGAAUUUGCCCAACUUGAUUUUGCUGUCCCAGUGCUUGCUGCCAGUUGCAUGCAUUCCGCUGGCCUACCUCAUGCUGCCGCGCGAGCCGCUCAACGCCCCGGUCCCCGCGCCGCAGCGCAGGGGCCGCAAAGCU